AUGAACACCAGCUUAUGGACGCCCGCGCCUCCAAAGCGAACCCCUCGCAAACCAGCGCCAAAGAGAAUGCCUCGGACGGUCACCCAAAAGCUACGACGGCCUUCACCGUUUUUGAAGGUUCCUCCCGAGAUCUGCUUUGAGAUAAUGGAGUUUGCCCUGACAAGCGGCGCGUCUCCAGUCAAUAUCGGCGCGGUAUGCAAGCGUUUUAGCUCAUUCGUGGACGAAAUCAUCUACAAGACAGUCGUCCUGAGCUCUUCAAAGGACAUCGCGUUGUUCCAUCGUGCAACAACAACGAAACCAGUCGAGUUCCUUACUACACACGUCAGAGCAGUCAUCGUGAAUGCUCGGGACUGUGCCAAUGUAAAGGCACGCGUCCAACUCGAAGAGAUUCUAUCCUCUUGUAGAGGUGUUCAAACCGUUGUCAUCCCGCGGCCUGCGAUCCUUGCUUCGCCAGGCAUUGUGGCGCAAAAGCGGCUUGAGGAGGUGACUCUCCAGUCAUUCGACGCGAUGACUCCUUUUGAGAUCGACCCUCCAUUUGGUGUCGCACCAGCUCAUCCAGCCGCUCAUCUCUCUAGCAAAAUAACACACUUGCGGGUCUGCGAGCCUAGUGGACCGCCACUGUGGCAUUCGCCUCUGGAGAUCAUUAAGUUUUUCGGCGCUAUGGACAACUUAACGCACCUGGCACUGGCCUGCUGGGCAGACCCCAUGCCCCCAAACUACCACAACCGUAAAAGCAAAAACAUAUUAUUUGCAGAGGACAUCAGGCAACUCCUGUUGCGUCCUCGACUCAAAGUGGUGGUUGUCACCAUCUUUGCAGAGAAGACACCGUACUGGGGCUAUAGCCUGCCACUCUGCGGCGCCCUUUGUGCCUGUCAGGUACUCGCGCGCAUCAGCGACCCUCGCCUAGUUUUGUUGGCGGCCAGUUGCGACAUCCAUAAUCGGUGGAGUUCAACGUCGCUCUCCGCUGCUAACCAUCAUGCGCCAUUAUCUCGGGAUGAGCAUUCGACUGUAAAUUGGGACAACGACCAUGGCAAGAAGGGGAAUUUCUACGAGAUUGCGGCGGAUAUGAAAUGUGGCCGCGAUUUCUGGCGGGAGUGGCAGUAG